AUGAGACUGGUAAGGAGAGUUUUUCUGUUGCUGGGUCUUGUCUCCCUGCUGGAUGCCACCAAGAAAACCCGAGGGGUCUCAGUGCAGGGACCAGGACUGAGGGGGAGGACUGUGAGACUGAUUCUGGAUACUUCAGUGAAGUCCUACAACAAAGCUGCUUCGAACCUCGCUGACAUGUCUCUGUCACCGUGGACUUACAUAAACUCCAUUAAUGCAUCUCGUUUCCCCAAACGGAUCUCCCAGGCCAAAUGCCAGACCUCUGGCUGCGUGAACCUUCGGGGGAGGGAGGAGGAUUUAACUCUGGAAGCCAAACCCAUCAAAUACCAGGUYCUGGUUCUGCACAGAGUCCCAAGGCAAACAUCCCUUAAAAAUGGAGGGAAGAAGGCAUACGACUACGUCCUGGGGACUGAAGUGGUCACAGUGGGCUGCACCUGUGUGAGGCCCAGUGUUGUCCCCCAACAGUAACAAACAGAGGGCUUCUUACCCUUAUAUUGCAUCAGUAUUCAACAAUUAAAUAUCAAACAAACACAUGACUGAACAAAAACAGUGACUCUGUAGGCAACUGUACAUACUAAAUGCUACCUUGUAGGCUAUUAACUUACCUGGUCUCAUUAAAAUCUUGCCAUAAUUCUGUCAUUUUGUCACAACUACUGGCAGCAUUUGUAAGCAUUUAGUGUCACAUUUCA